UUACUGCGAUUUCUCACCUACUGCAUUUUGUGUAGAAUUCAACUUUGACUCUUCGCUGUUGUGCGCUAGAAAAACAAGGAUGGAUGUUGGAGAACUGUUGUCUUUCCAGCCCGACAAACCAGGCACAAAGCGCCGUAAAGAAGAAGAGGAAAAUGAACGUCCUUCAAAGACUAAGAGACGUGAUCGGAUAAAUGUCCCAGUCCGUGAAUCACAUGAUGUCCGCGACGAAGUCCCGAUAGCCGAGGUGAAGAGGACAGAAGAGAUUCUGCAAAUGGUUGAGGAUGAUGGAGAGGAUGAGACUCUGGAUGACACUGCCCUGAAGAAAAUGAUCCUAGCCUUUGAGAAGAAAGUUUUGAGAAACCAGGAGAUGAGGAUCAAGUAUCCUGAAAAUCCUGAAAGGUUCAUGGAAUCUGAAGUCGACUUGAACGACAUUCUGCAAGAGAUGCACGUCAUAGCGACGGUUCCCGACCUUUAUCAUAUUUUGGUGGAACUAAACGCUGUCCAGUCUUUACUCCAACUCCUCAGCCAUGAUAACACAGAUAUUUCAAUCGCAGUCGUUGAUUUACUUCAAGAAUUGACAGAUGUUGAUGCGUUGACAGAAAGUGAUGAUGCAGCAGAUAUUCUGAUUGAUUCCUUGCUUGACGGCCAAGUGGUGGCUCUCCUCGUACAGAAUCUUGAACGCCUUGAUGAAACGGUAAAAGAGGAGGCUGAUGGUGUUUAUAACACACUGGGUAUUAUUGAGAAUCUGACAGAACUGAAACCUGAGGUCUGCACGGAUGCUGCAUCACAAGGAAUGAUGACAUGGUUAUUGAAACGGUUAAAGGCCAAAAUGCCAUUUGAUGCGAACAAGCUUUACGCAUCUGAAGUCUUGGCAAUACUGUUACAGAAUCAUUCAGAGAAUCGGAUAUUACUAGGUGAUGUGGAUGGUAUUGAUAUUUUGCUGCAACAACUGGCUUCGUAUAAGAAACAUGACCCAUCGAGCGCUGAGGAGAUCGAAUGUAUGGAGAACUUGUUCAACUGUUUAUGUAGUGCCCUCAUGCUGCCUGCCAAUAGAGAACGAUUCCUCAAGGGUGAAGGUCUACAGUUGAUGAACCUCAUGUUAAGAGAGAAGAAGAUGUCUCGUAACAGCGCCAUCAAAGUGCUGGACCAUGCAAUGACCGGCCCAGAGGGUGCGGACAACUGCCAGAAGUUUGUGGACAUUCUUGGUUUGAGGAGUAUCUUCCCUGUGUUCAUGAAAACACCCAAAACGGUCAAGAAAGGAACAAGAUCUGAAGAAUUAGAAGAGCAUAUUGUCUCCGUCAUCGCCAACAUGUUACGUAACUGCCAGUCUACACAGAGACAGCGGCUUAUGAACAAAUUCAUGGAGAAUGACCAUGAAAAGGUGGAUAGAUUAAUGGAGUUACAUUUUAAAUACCUUGAGCGUGUCCGGCAUUGUGACCAAGCAAUAGAGCGAGAAAAGGGCGAUCUCAAAUACUUCGGUGGCGACAUCAAUGAGGAGGAUCAGGCGGAUCAGUUCUACUUACGACGAUUAGAUGCUGGAUUGUUUACUCUGCAACUCAUAGAUUAUAUCAUGCUGGAGACAUGUACAUCUGGCCCAUCUUCGAUCAAACAUCGUAUGAUGCAGAUUCUUAACAUGAGGGGCGGAUCUAUUAAAACAAUCAGAAGUAUAAUGAGAGAAUAUGCUGCCAACAUCGGAGAUGCCACGGACUUGGAACAACGCGAGGCUGAUCAGAAUAGGAUUCUUUCAUUGGUCGACAAAUUUUGAUGCACUUCAAAACCUUCCUUUUCCCUGGUACUUAGUACAUGUACGUGUAACAGUGAAAGAGUUCUGUGUGUACAAAUGUGUGUGUAUUUACCACACCUGUGGUUGAAUUACACAAGAAUUGGAUGUGAAAAAAGCUCAAAACAGUUGGUACAAUGUCACCACAAUGAGUAUGUAUAUGGAUGAAAAUACAUGAAAUAAACUGCCAUGUUUUUAAA